CCCGGAAGUGAGGUCUCAAAGUCCCUCCCUCCCCCAAGAUGGCAGCAUCAGAAGAAGAGUUACUGCUGCCGCGGCUGCCCGAGCUGUUUGAAACCAGCAAGCAGCUCCUGGACCAAGUAGAAGUAGCAACUGAACCCACCGGUUCCCGGAUGGUCCAGGACAAAGUAUUCAAGGGAUUAGACCUCCUUGGGAAAGUUGCCGAAAUGUUAACGCAGCUCGACUUGUUCAGCCGAAAUGAAGAUUUAGAAGAGAUUGCUUCCACCGAUCUGAAGUACUUGAUGGUGCCAGCGUUUCAAGGAGCCCUCACCAUGAAACAAGUGAACCCCAGCAAGCGCCUAGAUCAUUUGCAGCGGGCCCGAGAACAUUUUAUAAACUACCUAACUCAGUGCCAUUACUAUCAUGUGGCAGAGUUUCAGCUGCCCAAAAUCAGGAACAACUCAGCUGAAAAUAACACUGCUAAUUCCUCCAUGGCCUAUCCUAACCUCGUUGCUAUGGCAUCUCAAAGACAGGCUAAAAUAGAGAGGCUUGAUCUUUGCAUUUUUAAACAAGUGUCUGACAGAGAAGAUAUCAGCACUAUCAUCAAGCUCAUGGCUCACACAUGGGUAUCACUUGCCCAGCUCCUGACCUUCAGACCCCAUACUUCCAGCACCUGUGGGGGUGUCAUGGACGUCGCAAACUUAAUGUGCUGGAAAUGGAACCCUUGGCUUUUUAACCCUCACAUGCACCCCCUCCACCCAAGUCUUCACCAUCUCAGCAAAGUGCCCCACCAUUCACCCAGAUACAAGCAGAAGAAGGAGGUGGAGAAUAGGUUGUCGGCACUGAAAUCUGCUGUGGAAAGUGGUCAAGCAGAUGACGAUUGUGUUCGUGAAUAUUAUCUCCUUCACCUUCGGAGGUGGAUUGGUAUCAGCUUGGAAGAGAUUGAGAGCAUUGACCAGGAGAUAAGAAUCCUGAGAGAAAAAGACUCUUCCAAAGAGGCAUCAACAUCUCACUCAUCUCGUCAGGAGAGGCCUCCAAUGAAACCCUUCAUUCUCACUCGGAAUGCAACCCAAGCCAAAGUGUUUGGAGCUGGCUAUCCGAGUCUGGCAACCAUGACGGUGAGCGACUGGUACGAUCAGCAUCGGAAGUACGGAGCAUUACCAGAUCAAGGAAUAGCCAAGACCCCAGCUGAGUUCAAAAGAGCAGCUCAACAACAGGAAGACAAAGAACAAAAUGAGGAAGAGGAGGACGAAAACACAAUCCACCGAGCAAGGGAGUGGGAUGACUGGAAGGACACCCAUCCAAGGGGCUAUGGAAACCGACAGAACAUGGGCUAAGCUUCCCCUAACCGGAUAGGACUGUAGAACGCACACCUUCCCGACCAAGGAAAACCACGCAAUCUCCCCCCCCCCCCCCGGGCUCCUGCUUCAGCUGUGUACAACGAAGGCAAGGACAGUAAAUCUUGCCUUGCGUUUAAUAAAGUGUUGAAUGAUUAAAUGUGUAUUUGUACCCUAGAUGACAAGCCAUCUAUCUUGUUUUUAGCAUUAUCAUCUUCAUCAUGGUGUAUUUCAAUUUCUCAAGUGGAAGGAAAAGAGUACCGAGUAAUGGCUCUGUAUAAUCAAUUGCUGUGUGAUUUCUCCCUGAAAAAUAAUAAAAAUCCAUUGUACUCUCUAA